GAGUUCCUUUCCCCGCCACUUUCUCUCCCUCUUGGCUGGCGAGAAAGCGUGAGAAAACGAAAGAAAAUGAGAGUCAACUGGGGAAAUUAGUUGCAUUUAGCUCCAGCUUUUGGAGGUUUAAGUUUUCUUGGAGUUCGAGUGAUUGAAACUCUCAAUUUCUUUCAUUUUCCUACUAGCCAAACGGAGGACUGGUCCUCUUUUUUAUGGCGUUUUCUCCCGCUGAUUUUUUCCAGAGUGUGUGGACUCUAAAUGCUCACUCUAAUGUUGCGAGGGCUUGGUUAUUGCCACCCGUGGUAUCACAUACCCUAUCAGCUUCUCGGAGACUCUCUUCUCCAUUCUUGAUCUCAGCACAGUACAAUUCGCGUCGCUUAAACGGAGAUUUCGUAUCAUCCUCUGUUCGUUCUCCGGUUUCAACUAAGGUGACAAACGGAGGAGAGAAAACUGAGGAUCAUCCUAUGGAUACUGUUGAUGAUAAUAAGAUUGCAGAUGGGCCCUUAAAGUUGCAGGAGCGUGAUUUUGCUGGUACCCCAUAUGUUCCUGUAUAUGUGAUGCUACCCCUGAGCGUUAUCAAUAUCAACUGUGAGUUGGUUGAUCCAGAUGGUCUGGUACAUCAGCUAAGGAUCUUGAAGUCCAUUAAUGUUGAUGGUGUUAUGGUUGACUGCUGGUGGGGAAUAGUAGAAGCACACACUCCACAGGUUUACAAUUGGAGUGGCUACAAGAGGCUCUUUCAGAUUGUGCAUGACAUUCAGCUUAAGUUACAGGUUGUUAUGUCAUUUCAUGAAUGUGGAGGCAAUGUCGGUGAUGAUGUACAUAUUCCACUCCCAGAAUGGGUUAGAGAAAUUGGUCGAAGCAAUCCAGAUAUUUUUUUCACUGAUAAGGAAGGAAGGCGUAACCCUGAAUGCCUCUCUUGGGGAAUUGACAAGGAGCGGGUUUUAAAAGGCCGAACUGCAGUUGAGGUUUACUUUGACUACAUGAGAAGCUUCCGUGUUGAAUUUGAUGAGUUCUUUGCAAAUGGAAUCAUAUCUGAGAUUGAAAUUGGACUUGGUCCAUGUGGGGAGUUACGAUAUCCCUCUUAUCCUGCAAACCAUGGUUGGAAAUAUCCUGGUAUUGGUGAAUUCCAGUGUUAUGACCAGUACUUAUCAAAGAGUCUGACAAAGGCAGCAGAGGCAAGGGGUCAUCUAUUUUGGGCUAAAGGACCAGAUAAUGCAGGUCACUAUAAUUCCCGUCCACAUGAGACGGUCUUCUUUUGUGAUGGAGGCGAGUAUGAUAGCUACUAUGGUAGAUUCUUCCUCAAUUGGUACUCACGGGUUUUGGUUGAUCAUGGUGAUCGUGUACUUGCUCUAGCCAAUUUAGCUUUUGAAGGCACUUGCAUUGCUGUAAAGCUAUCAGGUAUUCAUUGGUGGUACAAGACAGCCAGCCAUGCUUCUGAAUUGACUGCUGGGUUCUAUAACCCAUGUAAUCGUGAUGGCUAUGCUCCAAUUUCAGAAAUGUUACAGAAGCAUGGGGCUGCUCUGAACUUCACCUGUGUUGAAUUACGCACACUGGACCAGGAAGAGGGCUUCCCAGAGGCACUGGCAGACCCAGAGGGUCUAGUUUGGCAGGUGCUGAAUGCUGCGUGGGAUGUCAGCAUUCCAGUUGCUAGUGAAAAUGCUCUAACUUGCCAUGAUAGAGAAGGCUAUAACAAGAUACUAGAAAAUGCCAAGCCCUUCAAUGAUCCUGAUGGGAGGCAUUUAUCUGCGUUUACCUACCUCAGACUCAGCCCGGUUCUCAUGGAGACGCACAACUUCACGGAGUUUGAACGAUUUGUUAAGAGGAUGCACGGGGAAGCGGUUCCUGAUCUGGCAUGUGUGACACAGCCCACUACUUAAAAAAAAAAGAAGCUGCUGAUAUAAGCAUGGAAGACACGUCUAACGAAGUCUAUUACGGCUCGCAUACUUGCAGUUGCAUUUCAGGCAAGUCUAGUGGUCAUUUUCGGAAUAGAAAGUCGAAUUGAUGAUCACACACUAUAUCAUAUUACAAAACUCCUCUGUAUCGCGUUCCUAAAACUCAUAUGAAAUGUGCCGUACCCGGCUGAAGAAAUGGAAAUAUAAUCAAAUCAUGCCAUCAUAUAAGAAAA